CCUAGAGCUAUUUCCAUUCGGCGGCGGGAACAGGUGCCGGCGCCUCCGCCCCACCCCCACGGGCCGCCUCCCCCGGGGCGGCCUCCAGGCUGCCGAGAUCUAUAAAGGCGCCAGGUUUUCUCAAUGAAGCCGGGACGCGCUUCGGAGCGCACUGCGUGGUCGCGCCCUAACCGGGCUGCCUUGGAAGUCGUCCCCGCCGCCCCUCCGCGCCGGCAUGAAGCUCAUCGUGGGCAUCGGAGGCAUGACCAACGGCGGCAAGACCACGCUGACCAACAGCCUGCUCAGAGCCCUGCCCAACUGCUGCGUGAUCCAUCAGGAUGACUUCUUCAAGCCCCAAGACCAAAUAGCAGUUGGGGAAGACGGCUUCAAACAGUGGGACGUGCUGGAGUCCCUGGAUAUGGAGGCCAUGCUGGACACCGUGCAGGCCUGGCUGAGCAGCCCACAGAAGUUUGCCCGUGCCCACGGGGUCAGCGUGCAGCCAGAAGCCUCGGACACCCACAUCCUCCUCCUGGAAGGCUUCCUGCUGUAUAGCUACAAGCCCCUGGUGGACUUGUACAGCCGCCGGUACUUCCUGACUGUCCCGUAUGAAGAGUGCAAGUGGAGGAGAAGUACCCGCAACUACACAGUCCCUGAUCCCCCCGGCCUCUUCGACGGCCACGUGUGGCCCAUGUACCAGAAGUAUAGGCAGGAGAUGGAGGCCAACGGUGUGGAAGUGGUCUACCUGGACGGCAUGAAGUCCCGAGAGGAGCUCUUCCGUGAAGUCCUGGAGGACGUUCAGAACUCGCUGCUGAACCACUCCCAGGAAUCAGCCCCCUCCCUGGCUUGCCCAGCCAGGCCACAGGCACCCGGAUCCGGAUGCGGAUGCGGCCACAGAACGGCCAGGCCUGCGGCGUCCCAGCCGGACAUCGUGUGAGCGUUUCCCUGUUGGGUGGCGAGUCUGUACGUAGGAGAGUGGAGGCCCCACUCCCAGUUGGGCGUCCCGGAGCUCAGGGACUGAGCCCCAAGACGCCUCUGUAACCUCGCUGCAGCUUAAAUAGUAAACUGGGUCCUGUUUUUUUAACGGUUGGUGUCUACCGUGUUCUGUUUAAGAUCCGUCAGGCCAGGUGCGGUGGCUCACGCCUGUAAUCCCAGCAGUUUAGGAGGCCGAGGAGGGUGGAUCGCCUGAGGUCAGGAGUUCGAGACCAGCCAGGCCAAGAUGGCGAAAUCCUGUCUCUACUAAAAAUACAAAAAUUAGCCAGGCAUGGUGGCGCAUGCCUGUAAUCCCAGCUACUUGGGAGGCCGAGGCAGGAGAAUCGCUUGAACCCAGGAGGUGGAGGUUGCAGUGAGCCGAGCUUGAACCCAGGAGGUGGAGGUUGCAGUGAGCCGAGAUCGCGCCACUGCACUCCAGCCUGGGUGACAGAGCAAGAUCCGUCUCAAAAAAAAAACAAAAAUUAAAAAUUAGCUGGGCAUGGUGGUACACCUGUGUAGCCUCAGCUGCACAGGAGGCUGAGACAGGAGGAUUGCUUCAGCCCACGAGGUUGAGGCUGCAGUGAGCUAUGAUCAGGCCACUGAACUCCAGCCUGGGUGACAAAGCGAUAACUGUCUCAAAAAAAUUUUUUUCCCAAUGUCUAUAAAUAAAGUUUUAUUGGCAC